GAUGGGCUGGCUCUAACCAGGGAGUGGCAAAGGAAGGAUUGGCACUCUGGGUCUGUCCAUCGACGCUUGCGCUGAACGCUCAGACCAACAUGGGGAUGUACUGUGUAGGUUCUACGCUGCAGAGCAGUUAGCUGGGAAUGGGAUGAACUGCACAGGUGUUUCAGCUGGUGAAUUUGCUUAUUCAUGGGGGAAAUCGUCCCUGGUCGGUCGUUACAGCAUAAGGGAUUAGACGUCACCAUGUCAGAUAAGAGCAUGUCCAGCAGCAUCGUAGUAAGCCUCCCAGCACGCUGACACCAGGAUAUCAGGCUAGCGGGUUAGCAGUGUACCAGGAUGGAGGAGGCUGUGUCCCUGCUCUACGCAGCCCUGAUGGUGCUCUCCAGCCUGGGCUCCAUCUGCGGCAACCUGCUCCUCCUCCUGGUUCUCCUCCUCAACAAGGAGCUCCAGACAGACACCUGGGGCCUGACUCUGAGCUUCAGCCUCAGCGACCUGGCCCUGGGCCUCUCCACCAUCCCCUUCGGGGCCCACAACUGCCUGUUCCGCCCUGACGGCUACCCGAACGACGGAGCCCUCUGCCAGGGCAGCGGCUUCCUCUACCUCCUGCUGCAGCUGGCCUCCAUCCACUCCCUCACCUGGGCCACCAUCGACAAGUUCACGGAGAUCUGCUUCGCGCUGAGUUACGCCUCCAUCUGCUCUCUCCGUCGGACCAGACUGGUGCUGGUCCUGGUCUGGUUCUACUGCCUGCUCAACGCUGCCCUGCCACUCAUGGGAUUCGGCAGGUACAGCUACAGCAAGACCAGGUUCAUCUGCGCGCCCAGCUUUGAGCACUCCAACCAGGGCUUUAACAUGCUCUUCAUAGUGGUGGGGAUCAUUGCCCCCACGCUCAUCAUGUGCUCCCUCUAUGGAUACAUCGUGUACAUCGCCAGGAAGCAGGUCCGCAGGGGCACGUUCGUCUGCAACGACCAGCACUGCUUCUAUGUACCGGCUAACACCUAUUUCAAGAGUUCCAUCGUCAUGGUGGCAACCUCAGUGUGUCUGCUGGUGUGCUGGCUGCCGUACAUCUGCCUGUGCUUCUAUGAGACCUUCUCGGGCAGGGAGGGUCCCGAGGCAGCCUCGGCCCUGGCCACCUGGCUGGUCCUCUUCACCGCAACACUCAACCCCUGGAUCAACUCCAUGACGCAGGCGAGGUACAGGGCCGCCCUGAGGAGAAGCCUGGCUAAGCUGCGUCAGGCUCUCCAGCGCCAGAGGAAGACCUCCCGUCCCCAGAGCACCGCGCUCCACCUGGAGGUGGUCACCAGCAGGUCCAAGACCUCCUUAGCGGGACCACCGUCCGAGAACGAGUCCAUGACGCCUCAGACCGGGCCAGGGGACACGAGGGUGACGAGCCACACAGACACGGAGUCUCCCACGCCCCGUCCCUGCCACAUAGUGGAGGUGAAUGAGGACAGGGACACUGAGGGGGCCGAGGACAGAGAUGGGGCCAGGGACUCGACAACCAAGCCUCACAGUCCAACAGUGGAGAUACCUGGACACAAUGACACACACAGAGGCAGUGCCCACACACAGGACUGUCACUCAGCAGAGGAACACACCAUAGACCCAACACAGAGAGGGCCUUUCCCUGAGCCCUGACAGACCAUGGAGGAUCCACUCUGAACACUUCAGAGGGGGAUGACGUCUAAUCCCACUGAGGGAGCUCUUCAAACCAAGAGGCUCCAUGUGGCUCUGUCUGUUUGGAUUUUGGGUAGUUUCAAUUCCCAUACUGUUCAUAAUGUUUCGAGGCAAGGUUCUAACCGUUUAUAAGUUAAUAAAAUGAAGGCU